AUGAAUGAAUCAUAUGGUAAAUUGAAAUCUGAAGAUUCUUCAUUCUCGUGUGCGACAUGCGAAAUUAGAAACCCGAGAAGCCAUCAAGAAAGUGGGAAGAUUACACGAUUCAAAAAUUUACCCAAAGCACUCUCAUCUUUAUAUCCCAUUAUGGUACUUUGUGCCUUUAUGCUUCUUUCCGUUGCUGGUUCAACUUUGGGUUUUUAUGUUUACCAGCGACAAAAAUGA